UCAGUUGAGUUGCGGUUGCCAGGGCGCGAACAGAUACAGUUUUCGAUCCGAUCCACGAUUUUCGUAUCACCAUGAUUGCGCCGCCGUCGGGAGUGGCGGGAGUGUUGGUGACCCUGGCCCUGCUGGCCAGCGGAUCCAUGGGUGAAAGAGAGCGAUCCUUGCGACUGCCCAACGCCACCUAUCCGCUAUUCUACCAACUGCACAUAUCCAGUGAUAUUCACAAGGGCCAACUGCUCUUCAGCGGAAAUGCCACCAUUGACGUAGCCAUCCGGCAGUCGACGAACGAGAUAGUGCUGCACGCCAAAAACCUAACCGAUAUUCAGAUUACUGUUCACCGGUUGGCGGCCGAAGGAUCCGUGAUCGUGGACGAUCUAACACAUACACUGCAUCCCACUGCUGCCUUGCUCAUCAUUCACCCGACUGUAAAUUACCAGGCCUUCGAGGAGGGGCAACAAUAUCGUCUGGAGAUUCUCUACACGGCUAUUAUGACAUCGCGUCCCGCCGGACUUUACUACAUGGAUUAUCGGGAUGAGGAGAACAAUCACACCGUAUACGUAGCCGCCACGCAAUGCGAGCCAACAUAUGGUCGUCUAAUCUUUCCCUGCUACGAUGAGCCGGGCUUUAAGUCAAACUUUAGCAUUAAGAUAACACACGGGAGCAGUCAUUCCGCCAUAUCCAAUAUGCCAGUCAAGGAAGUACUAGCUCACGGUGACUUGAAAACCACCUCAUUUCACACAACCCCACCGAUUUCAACCUACCUUGUGGCUUUUGUCAUCUCCGAUUUCGGGAGCAUAUCUGAGACAUAUCGUGGCAUCACUCAAAGCAUCUAUACCUCGCCAACUUCCAAGGAAAAAGGUCAAGUUGCACUGAAAAAUGCUGUGCGAACAGUGGCUGCACUCGAGGAUUAUUUUGGGGUUUCCUAUCCCUUGCCAAAACUGGAUCACGUGGCGCUUAAGAAAAACUACGGAGCAGCCAUGGAGAACUGGGGUCUAAUUACCUAUAAGGAAGUUAAUUUGCUUAAAAACAUUUCGUCGGAUGGAUACAAACGAAAGUUGGACAUGAUCACCCAGAACCACGAGAUCGCACACCAGUGGUUCGGCAACUUGGUGUCCCCGGAAUGGUGGACAUACACUUGGAUGAAUGAGGGAUUCGCCACUUAUUUUAGCUAUGUGAUAACUGAUUUGAUCUACCCCAAUGAAAAAAUGAUGGACAUGUUUAUGACCCACGAGGCAGAUAGUGCCUACAGCUACAACAGCUUCUUUGAUGUCCAUCCAAUGUCCCAUUACGUGGAGGGUGAAAAGGACAUCAUGGGUGUUUUCGACAUCAUAUCCUAUAAACGAGCUGCAUGCGUGAUCAAGAUGUUUCAUCACGCCUUUCGUCAGAAGCUCUUCGUGCGUGGUAUAAGUCACUUUCUGGAGAAAUAUCGUUAUAGCGUGGCCAAUGAGCUGAACCUCUUCGAUGCCCUGCAAUCGGAGCUCCAGGAUGAUGAGUACUUUUCGCAGCAGCCGUGGGCGUCGCGAAUAAGGGAGAUUAUGCUCUCGUGGACGCAUAGCGAAUGGUUGCCCAUUUUGGUGGUCACUCGGAACUAUGAGAACAACACCAUCACGUUUAGCCAGCGAUCAGUUCACAUGAAGGAUGAGCUAUGGUGGAUACCAAUCAAUUUUGCCACCACACAGUCGCACAACUUCGAGGACACCCAAGUGGAUAUGUUUAUGCCACCGGAACCACAGUACACAGUAUCACUGGAGGAUCUUAAGAUUCAGGUCAGCGGCAGGGAUUGGAUAAUGGUGAAUAAGCAGCACACCGGUUUCUAUCUCGUCCGCUACGAUACAGAUAAUCUAAUGGCCAUUGCCAGACAGCUGCAGACGAAUCACUCGGUCAUCCAUCCAAUAAAUCGACUUGGUCUCUUUCGAGAUCUGGGUCCCCUGAUCGAGCAUAAUGAAAUUGAGCAGGUGGAAGUGGUUUUCGAGUUGCUAAAGUACCUUGAGUUUGAGGAGGAUGUGCUGACUUGGAACCAGUUGCAAGAUACGAUAGAUUGCCUAACACGAAACUUGCAUGGCACCUCCUCCCAGAGCCUCUUCAAUGAGUUUGUGCGCCGCCUGGUUGGCCCGACAUUUCGGCGAGUUUACGUGGAACACGGUGUAAAUUUAGCUGAAGAUGGGAUGUCCCAUGGGAUUCUGGAAAUCGCCUGCUCUGCGGAUCUCCCGGAGUGCCUGGAAUACACACGUCGCCUGGCUAAGGAGCAUAUAAUCGAUAAAAUUUAUUUUAAAGAUGGAUCGGACUACCAUGCCAUAAUCGAUUCCGUGUUAUGCAUGGGAGUGCGGUAUCUAAGCGAUCAGGACUUCCAAAGGAUAAUUGAUAUGAUGCAGGAAAUAGAUCGCGGUUCGGUGUACUAUGAUGACAUUAUAUAUGCCCUCCGGUGCACGCAGAGUCAUCGGCAUCUGUUAUACUAUCUGGAAGGUCUGAUGGGUGAAAACUCCACCCAUAUGGUACUUUCCGAAUUUGAAGAUUUGAUGUAUCUCCUCUACAUAUACAAGUCGAAUCUGGCCUCUCGUCCGGUCAUCUGGCAGUAUAUCGAGCGCAACUACAAGGUGCUCUGUCGAGCACCAAACUUUAUGGAGCACUUUAAACAGCUCGCUGGAUUUGUGCCCAGACAUCAGAGAUCACAUUUUGAGAGACUACGCCAGACGAUUGCGAGCCACAUGAUGCAGGAGGGUCUUAAUUCGAACCAAACGCUGAUCGAGGCCAAUUCUCCGCUAGUGGGCAAAAAGAUGAAGAUCACCGAAAAUUUCCAAGACAAGUUCGAGCAGCAGAUCCACAAAUGGCUGCUCAAUGAGCUCCCUCAGGCGUCCAGCAGGAGUGAUGUCCUUUUGUCCGCCUCCCUCAGCGCGGCCAAUGGGUCAAGUCGUCCUCAAGGAGUCCUAAAGGAGGCGACUAGGGUGUUGCGCAGUGCGUUACGAAUAGUAGAUAUGUAUAGGUGACCAGACUUUUGGUCUAACUAGGUUCCACUUAAGUACAAGCUUAAUUACGAAUAAAUUAAU